AGCAUAAUUCAAUACAUCGCCGGCCUAAACACUUUAAAGGCAACAAUAGAGUUAAGACAGAAAACACUUUUUCGUACUUCAAGUUACAUUUUUGUUACCCAAUUUUUAAAUUGUUGAUUAACAACCUUUUAAUUAUGGUAUUUCUAGUGAAUUAACCAAUUGUCAAUUCUGUCCAAUUAACAUUUUCACCUUUAAUUUUUAUUCUCAAAUCAAUUGUUCACCAUAAAUUCAUCGACAUCGACAUUGCUCUUUAUUUUUGUUUGCCUUUUGCUUGAUUCUUAACCCAAGUCAACCCAAGUGAACCCGAAGUCAACCUAAAUCAACUCAAAUCAACCUUUUAAAGUGACCUUUGUAAAAAUAAUUAAACAAACCUUGUUAACCUUUGAUACACUUUUCUUGCCAAUCCAAGUUUCAAUAUGAUCUUUGAAUGGUUCAAAAUUAACCCAAUUUAACCUGCCUUACCAUUUGACCAACUGGUGCUUUGUGAAUAUACAUUUCAAUUUUGGAUUAUUAACUUCACCGAUUUCAAAUCAAUUCAGCUCAAUUGAAACUUGUCGGAAUCCAGUUGCGAUACUCGAGAUUAAUCGGCGAAAUUGUUCAACAAUUGAAUAAAUGAUGGAUUCAAGUAACAGUGUUUACCAUUCACCAAUUGAUUCUAAUCAAAGUGACCCAAGAAACAAUUUAACUUUGGGUGAAACUGUUGUUUACCAGACAAGUGUACCCUGUGAGACUAGUGUAAUCAUUGAUCAACAACAACAGCAGCAGCAGCAACAACAACAACAGCAAAACCAACAACAAUCAAAUGAACACCAUUCCAAUCAUUCUCACCAUCAACAUGUAAACGACUCUGGGUCAGAAACUAAUGCCUACCUUUACACUGAAGUAGAUGAAGCCAGUCCAAGUGAAAUGAUUGACCAUUGGAGUUACAACAAUGGCUCCUCAGGUGAUCCCAAUUCAGAUGAAACCUUAACCUAUCAUCACACCUCCUCUCACCAUGUAACAACAACAAUAUACGGAUCCUCAUCAUCAGGUCAAGGGUCAAACAGUCCAACAACCCCUCCAGCCUCAAAUGGUAACCCAACCAGCAACCAUUCAAGUGAACCAACCGAUCAACAUCACCACCAUCACCACAUCAUGGAAGUAACCAAUGAAGAGAUUCGUAAAAUGAACGAAACUGGAAUCGGUGUAAUUCAAAGUUCAUCAUCAACUCAACCAAGUCGACUCGGACGAUCUUCAGUUUCCUCCAGCAUUUCAGGUUCCCUUGGAGGAAACUCUGGAAACAGCAUGAUAGAGCAAAGGAUAAGACGUCCAAUGAAUGCAUUCAUGGUUUGGGCAAAAGCAGAGCGCAAAAGGUUGGCCGAUGAAAACCCUGACCUUCACAAUGCCGAUCUAAGCAAAAUGCUCGGUAAAAGAUGGAGAGCGUUGACAUUACAGGAGAGACGUCCAUUUGUUGAGGAAGCUGAAAGAUUAAGGGUUCAACAUAUGCAAGAUUAUCCUAAUUAUAAGUACAGACCGCGACGCAGGAAGAACGGUAAACGUAAUGCCCGAGGUGGCUCCUCAGGUGGCCUUAAUGGCACUGGAAAUGGUGGCGGAAAUAACAGUGUCACUGGAGGUAAUAACAGUCCUCACAGUAGCAAUAGUAGUAGUAAUCCUUUGGUAAGCGGAGGUCGAUCUCCGUCUUCAACAGGAAACUGUAUGCCAAUGUCCAAUGACAACACUCCGGGUGGAGUGAUGAGGUUGUACAGUCCUUCUGGUUCACUUGCUGGUCUAACUGGUGACCAUCAUGUCACUACCCAUGGACACCUUUCUCACCUCUCUUCAUCCCAUCACCAUCAACCUGGUUCCUCUCACCACCACGGACAAGUUCACCAUCACCACCAGCAAAACCCACACUCCCAUCACCAUCAUCAACCCCAGCAACACCAUCACCACCUUUCCCAUCUCACUCAUCGUCCACACCAAUCGACCCUCGACACAAUGGACCAUUCCUCCUUGUCACCACCCUUGGACUAUUGUGGAGUUCAAACACCAGAUUCAUCGCCUCAUGGAAGCCCCUUCAGUUCAGGCCCACUAAGUGAAUCAAUGAUACGAUCGGGCAGUUCUUUGAUGGACCAAUAUCGUUCUGGUAACAUGGUGAACAUGGUGGUUGUCAGUUCAACCUGUGGCAAUGGGUCAGGUCUGGGUGAUGGUAUCAAUACAAUAACCACGACUGGAAACUCACUGGGCAACAGUGUUGUAACCCUUAACAGUAAUGGUGGACCUUUGUUAAUUAAUCACGGCCCAGGUCAACAUAGUCAUUCAUCCCAACAAACAAACCUUGGUCAACCAGGCCAAACCUAUCUUUCCGUUGACGGUUCAUCGCUCUCAAAAGAAAGUCCUCUGUCUGAUCUAGAAAACUCGGGAAGCAGCAAUGGAGGUGGCGGCGUUAAUGAUCCAGUCGGUUCAUUGCCAACACCGGAAAUGUCACCAGUUGAAAAUAAUGAUAAUAUGGAUGUUAUCAGUGGUAAUCAUUCAUCCAUGAAUCCAGCCUACUAUCAACAGAGUGUAAUCCAGGGUCAAGUAACAAGGAAUCGUAGUUCGCAUCAGCAACCCGCAACUGGUCAUCUCUAUCGUUUAAUGCAAAAUGGACUGAAAUUACCUGUUGAUCAAUCAGUUUACCAAAUGUCCAAUUCACUUCAAGAUCAACAACAACAACAACAGCAACAACAGCACUCAUCGUCAAACUCAGGUUCAUCAUCAAGCAAUAAUGAACAGUCCAAUAAUAAUCAACACUCACCUCAGCCAAUAACUCAAAUUAAACAGGAACCCGGUUUAAAUUCACCCGGUUUGGUCACAACAACAUCUUCAACACCAACAACAACAAAUGAUGGUUACACUAAUCAAUCAAAUGAGAAUCCUGUUAGUCAAUUGAUGUCACGUUUCAGUGAUGAUUCAUCGUUUUUAAGAAACGUUAAUCCCGUUUGCCCACCCUACAAGAAUCGAGUGAUUGUCAACCAUGGCGAUUCAUCUGUAAUCAAUUCUUCAUCCACUGGCGGUGAUGAGCAACAUUUUGAUUCAAUUUAUUCAACCGGAUCAACCCAAAAGGAUGCAAGGUAUGAUUAUCAGAUGGAUAUGAUUCAAGGAGAUAAUCAGUGGUCCUAUGAGCAUCACCACCACCACGAUCACCAACAACACCACCAACAGCAACAACAGCAAAAUUGUAUUUACACUUAUAAAUCCGAGCUUAAACCAUCCAUUGAUUCAAUAUAUCGUGAUCCUAGCGAGUCAACUGGCUAUAAUGAAAAUUAUUUAAGGGUCAAUGGAGAGGCUGAAUUUGAAAAUGGUUCAGGCUCAUGUUUGACUUCCAAUGUUAAUGGUGGACAGGGUAACAAUGGUGGAGUCAAUAGACAUCAAGAUGAUUAUAAUCAACGUCAAAUAAUAAUUCCAACCUCACAUCACCAACAGCAACACCAAACCAUCAUUAAGGCAAUUAACCAUCAUCACAAUAUACACCCACCUCACAUGCAUCCCCAUCAACAGCAACACCAGCAACAACAACAUGGUUCAGAGGUCAAUCCAAGCGGGUCAUCGGCUGAUCACAAUUUUAGUUCACAGUUGAUUCAAAAGUUAACUGAUUUUAACCGUCCAAUCACCGGCAGCUCAUCUUUAUGUGAUAAUGGAUCAGAAUUGAUUGCCGCUUUGGCUGAAACUCGACAAAUUAUUUCUUAAAACCUAAACAAUUUAACCAGAAAAAUAUUAAAAGGGAGCAAAAAAUAUCUAAAUAAAACUUAAACAAUGUAAUGGACAAAUUGGUGCCUUAGGGUUCAAUUGCGAUUACAACCUUUUUUUGCCAUAAACAUGUCCAGACGAGUUAAAUUUAUCCAUGUUGACCAUAAAUUGAACCAAAAUGCUGGGCCUGUUGAAAGUAAUGGCUAUGGACAGUUAGUGCCAAAAACCAAAUUUAAAUACAAAUAUUCCGAGCACAAAACAAUGUCCAAGCUCAACAUUUUUUUUCCUCUUCUUUAAUUUGGGUCAAUUUUUAUUUCAAAUCAAAGACAAAUUUUGAUUUACAUUCAUCAUCUUCAUCCUUCACCAGUUUUUCAUUUCAAUUUCAUUUAUAUUAAAACAAAUAGAAAGCAUUGCUACAAGUAAAAAACAUGACAAUCAAGGUGAUUUUGGAACCACAUUUUUAAAGUUUAUCAACUAAUAGAUAUAAAUAUAUAAAUAUAUAAAUACAAAUAUAUUAUAAAGUUUUAUAUUAAAUAUAUAUUAAUUUGUCGUAUUUGGAUGACGAGUUCCUCACCAUUGACUGUGCCAGUUGUUGUCCAAAGUUGAUUGAUUUGCAACUUUAAACAUUCCUGUUCAUUAUUUUUGCAAAUUAAUUGACCAAACAAAGCAUAUUAAAAACACUUUCAUCAAUUCACCAGCAAACCAUCGACAUCAUUGAGACAAAAAAUGAGCAACUAAAUGAUCAUCGAAAUUGCCUUUUGUAUCAUCAAAUCAUUGUGACCAAUGGACUGGAUUGGCAAAGUAAAUUGAUUAGCCAAGGAAUGAAAUGGAGACUUUGAUUCAUCUAAACAUGGCUUCUCAUCUUGCUCAUCAUGAACAACCAUUAAUUAAUUAAAACAAAACAUAAUCCCAUUUCAAUCAAUCCAACAAACAUUACCAGCAAUCAUGACAAACAUUUCAAUUUUAUUUCUUGACAUUUUUUUUCUUCUCUCCUACGAUUCCCAAUUUUCCCAACCAAAUCAUCAAUAUUAAUUGUUAUCCUUUCCUUAUCCUUUUAACCAUGUUUUUUUGUCGUCAUCAUCAUCGUAAAUUCACAAUGUUGAAUCCAAUGGAAGCAAAUUAUCCCAAAAUCCAAUGAAUAUAUACCUCACCAUGACACUUUGUAGAGGCUAAUUGUAUGUCUCCGGAAAAUCAACAUUUUUGCUUUGAGAUUAUUUCUGUGAACGAAAGGGAAACCGAUUUAUAAAGAUUUAUAAAAUGUAUAAAUAUUAUUAUUAUCAUUAUUAUUAUUAAUAAUAUUAUUAUUUCAAAUUCAUUAUCCUUGAUAAUUGUAAUUGUAAAAAUUGGACUCUUGGAUAAGAAUGGCGAGGAUUUUACCUUAAGCGCAAUUAUACUUUUUAAUCGGAGCUCAUUUGCAAGACUCUUUCACUCUUCUUUGUUUUAAUGUUAUUCAUAACAAUUAUAUUCUUAUAUGAAAAACAUUGUUCUUGCAAGUGAUCAUGAUUAUCAAUUGGAUGGUGGCAAUUUGAUCAAUCAAGCAAUAUAAAAACUGGAAACAUUGGACACCAAUAUGACAGACGACUCAUUUGUUUGCAAGAAAACUUGAAUGGAUUUCUAGUUUCCGCAGCUAUACACGUUUUUUUUGUUAUUUCAAUUGUACUGACAAUAUAUAAUUGCAAUAUAUAAGAGGAAAUUUUUAUACCAACUGUUCAUUUAUAUAUAUAUAAUAUAAAUUCCUCUUGAACUUGUUUCAUUUCCUUUCAUU